CCAUUCCCAACGAAACUACAAAACACCUCCCUCCCCCCCCCUCUCUCUCUCUCUCUCUCUCUCUCUGCGAGAACGAAUUAUGGAAAUGGAGAGCCCAACCAUAUCCGCGCAAGAGCACCACCACCACCACCCACAGCCGCCGCAGGCUCUCUCCCCCUGCGGCAGCGGGCGGCGGAGCAGCAGCGCCUCCAACUCGCCGGAGUUCGAGUUCUGGAUGGUCCGUAACCCCAUCUUCCCCCAGCCCGAGCUCCUCUCCGCCGACGAGCUCUUCGUCGACGGCGUCCUCCUCCCCCUCCACCUCCUCCACCUCCACCAGCCCGACCCCCCCGACCCCGUCCCCGUCCCCGUCCCCGUCCCCGAGCCCGAGCCCGAAGCCGGCCCCGAGGGACCGGAACCUCCCCCCGCUCCCGAGGCGGACCUCCCCGACCCGGAUCCGGAGCCCGGGCCCCGGCUGACCCCGGCGUCGUCGGCCACCACCGCUUCGAAGCGGUGGAGGGACAUCUUCAAGAAGAGCGAGAAGAAGUCCGUCAACAACCCAGACGAGAAGCCGCCGCCGUCGCCGUCGCCGUCGCCGGCGGAUAAGGACAAGGACAGGAAGAAGGAGAAGAAGAGCCACGGCCGGGCCGGUUCCGGCUCGGGCCCCACUGAGCUGAACAUCAACUUGUGGCCCUUCUCGCGGAGCAGAUCCGCCGGGAACGGCGGCGCCAGGCCCAGAUUGGCCGCGUUCGGUGGCCCGAGCGCCCGGAAGGUGAGCAGCGCGCCGUGCUCGCGGAGCAACUCGGCGGGGGACUCCAAGUCCAGGAAGUGGCCGAGCAGCCCGGGCCGGGUCGGGGUGCAUUUGGGCCGGAACAGCCCGGUCUGGCAGGUGCGCCGUGGGGCCCCGCCGGCCAAGGUCCCCGUCCCCGCUGUCGCCGCCGAGCCUGCGUCCCGGAGCGUCGACAAGGCCGUCCCGGAAUCCGAAGCCGCGGCCGAGGCCCGCCGGAGCAAGGCGGCGAGAGGCGGGGCCGGCGCCGGAGCGAACAAGGCCAGGGUGUUGAAUUUGAACGUGCCGAUGUGUAUCGGGUACAGGCACCAUCUGAGCUGCAGGAACGACGACAACAGCGCAAUCCGGGUGGCCGUGGCCGACUGCGGCGACACCAACAGCAGCGGCGGCGAUGGCGGCGGCGGCGGCGGCGGCGGAGGAGGCGGCAAUACCGGCGGGAGUAGUAAUUAUAUUUUCAACCUCCGGAGCCUUUUUACCAAGAAGGUGCACUAAUUAACAGCAUAUUUUCUAGACCGAGCUUUAAUUUUUUUUUUCUCCUUUUUCGUGAUUUUUUGCGUCUAUUAUUUAAUAUUUUUGUAUAAAGAGCGAAAUCUAGUUCCAUAUUGUUUAAAUUUGGUGUAUAAUUUAGCCAUGAAGAAAGCUUGCUGCCUUUUGCUUGUGUC